AGAGAGAGAGAGAGCGCGCAAGGAGACGGGGAGAGAGGGAAGAAUGUUCGCAGCUGAGAAGGGGCUGAAAGGAGACCCCAGGCGCCAGCCCAUCUCUCCGGCCAUUCGGGUCGUCCCCGACUUCCCCAGACCAGGGCUAAUGUUCCGAGAUAUAACGACGCUGCUGCUGGAUCACAAGGCGUUCAAGGACACGGUGGACAUUUUCGUCGCCCGGUACCGUGACAUGGACAUCUCUGUCGUUUCAGGGUUAGAAGCCAGGGGAUUCACGUUUGGUCCAGCAAUUGCAUUAGCUAUGGCCACGAAGUUUGUUCCUUUGUGUAAGCCCAGGAAGUUGCCAGCUAUAGUGUGCUAUGGCUUUACUGAUUAUUCACUAUCACCGACUUUAGGAACUACGACUUCAUCUGCAGUCUCAAUUUCUGUUACCUUCGAGGGUCUCUAG